AUGAAUAACCAACUUAAUAAUGUCAAGUGUUAGUUUUGCAAGAUAAAUCAUAAUAAUUUAAUUAAGAAAGAAAUACAUAAGAAGUAUUUUGACAGAUAUGAAAUAAUAGAUAUUUUGAGUAGUUCAAUUUUUAUUUUGCUAAGCCUAUAACAGAAAUAUUAGCAAAUGUUCCUGUAGAUCAUGUAAUUCUAUUUAAAGACUAAUUAUAUUUGCAUGAUGAAAAUGAAUAUAUGAAGCGAUAUUAUUAAAGAGAAGAACAAGAUCCAAGAUUGAAAUUACUAAGUGAUUUUUAUCAAGAGUCAAAUAAAGUAAUAGAUUUAUGUUGAUUAAUCUUUUUUAAGAUUCCCUAACCUAAUUUAUGUAAAGUCAAAGCUCAUAAGUUUAUGGAGAAAAGAAUCAAUAAAUUACUAAAAUUACAAUAAAAAGCAUAAAAUAAUUAGAAUCAACAACCAAUCACUAAAAAGAUGAUUCCAGAUCAUAUAUUUAGUGAAAAUUAUGUUGAAUCUGUAUCUGAGUAGUAUCGACAUACUUAUUUAGUUCCUAUCCCAAGGAACAAAUUUCAUGGGACAGUAAAUCGCAUAACAUCUAUGACAUUUCAUAAACUGUAGCAUAGUAGUCACAACCAAAAUAAAAAACAUCUUAAUAAUGUCCUAUAUUAAACAUUUCUGGUGAUCAAAAUAAAUUAUUUAAUUGUGAUCAUGAUUAAGAAAUAGAUAAUAUUAUUUGUGAUGUUAAUACAUAAACAUCUAGGUAAUUAUCAUCAAUUACUAAAAUACCUCUUAAAAAGAAACCUACAUUUAGCUCUAACAAAAAGAAAAAUUAAUCGAUUUAAUAGCCUUAACAAUCGAAAAUUCCUAUUCCACCUUUAAAACUUUAAGAAAGUGCUAAAUCUUCCACAACCACACUACCUAACAAUAAAUCAACAAGCAUUUAAUCUUUAAUGAAAAAAUAUGAUUAAAUAUUGUAAAAACGUUUUUAAGUUAAAGAAAUAUUAACAGAACGUAAUGAAACGCGUUGUGCUGCUGCUGCUGCUGCUGCUUUUGCUUCCAGUUGUGGUAUUGGUACUAAUAGACCUGAUGUUGCUUCAUUAAAAAAAUAAAUUACAGAUGAAAUGCUAAUUAAAUUAAUAUCAAACAUGAAAAAGUCAAAAAAUAAAUCUGACAAUUACUAAUUUCAUGCUUCUUUUAAAAGUGUUAUACCUCUAACUUAAACAGGUCCAGCUUAAUCAUGUACAUUUGAAAAAGAAAAUGAAAAAAAGAAAAAAUAUCAAGUUUAUUUGGUAAGCUAUUAAAUUUAAUAGGGAGCCAAAACAAUUUAAAAAAAACCCUUCUUAGAUGUCAUCUCCAACUACAAUAUAAAAGUAUCUUAAUUAUAAUAUUAUUAAGUACAUGUUCUCCUUCUAUGCUUUUGAGAUCCCUAUCAAAUCCAUCUAUGGCUCCUUCUCCUUUGAGAAGAUUAGAAAUUAAAGUUAACUUAAAUAAACUUAUCUAAUAAUAAGAACAAGAGAUAGGAUACUGGACUCAAAGAUGCAAAGUUCGUUGA